AUGCAUUGGUGUCUCUUUAACUUGUCCUGGGGUGUGAUGCUUCUCAUUCAGACCACUGCUGGAAUCAUUGCAAAUACUUUGCUCUUUUGUCUGUAAAACUUUUCAUUGCUCACAGCACAACUGGUGAGACCCACAAACCUGGUUGUCAAUCAGCUGGUCAUAUCCAACUAUUUGGUUCUUUUCUCCAAAGGCCUCCCUCAGACAGUUGUAACUUUUGGCUUGAAAUCUUUCCUGGGUGACACGGGAUGUAAAGUUAUCUUCUAUGUAUACAGAGUGUCCAGAGGAGUCUCCCUCAGCACCACCUCCCUCCUCAGUGGCUUUCAGGUCAUUAAAGUUUGCUACAAUACUUCCGGGUGGGCGGGGACCAGGAUUAGACCCCCAGCGCAUAUUGAUGCCUGCUGUUUCCUCUGCUGGAUCCUGCACCUCCUGCUAAAUAUCAUUAUUAGUAUGAAUGUAACUGGUCCAGUGAACAGCAAAAACCUGAGUGCUGAAGGACUCUACAGAUACUGUUCCUCGCCUGUUCCUGAAAGACUGACAUUCCUCAUAACAGCAGUGAUUUGCUCCCUUGUUGAUAUUACAAGCCUUGGUCACAUGGCCUGGGCCAGCGGCUCCAUGGUCCUUGUCCUGCACAGGCACAAGCAGCGAGUUCCUCACAUUCACAGCCACAGCCUCUCCCAAAGACCUUCCCAUGAGGACAGAGCCACCCACACCAUCCUGGUCCUGGUGAGCAUGUUUAUCUCCUUUUACUCUCUAGCUUCCAUCUUCUCACUUUGCAUAACCCAGACUGUGAACCCAAGCCACUGGAUGCUGAACACCGCUGUGCUGCUGUCUUUGGGCUUCCCAGCACUCAGCCCCCUUGUGCUCAGUUUUAAGGAUACUCGAGCCUCACACUUCUACUUUUUCAGUUGGACAAGGAAAACAAAUGGUCCAGCUGUAGUCUCUGGGCUUUGA